AUGCCAAACCUACAAUCUUAUUCAAUUCAAUCUCAACAACAUCCAUCAUUAAAAAGUCCAAACAGAUUGAUUCCAAGAAAAUCUAGACAGAUUCCUACUUUCAAUUUAAUCUUAGUAGGUUCAAUCGAAACCGGUAAAACUUCUUUUCUUAAAACUAUCUUGGCUACUUUUGGUAUCAGUUUAGAUUCAGUCACUACUACUACUACUCAUGGAGGUAUUCAACAUCAUUCGAUUGGUACGGUUCCGGGUUUGAAUGGUGAUCGAAUCGCUUUGACAAUCAUUGAUACGCCUUCACUUGAUCUUCUUUCAAAUGAUGAAUUAAAAGUAGAACAUCAAGUCAACGAGAUCCUCCGAUGUCUCGAAUCUAAAUUUGAACAUACAUUAAAUCAUGAACAACAAGUGAAAAGAGAACCGAUCAGAUUCACCGAUUCACAUGUCCAUUGUUGUCUUUAUUUUCUAAACCCAACGAUCAUCGAAUCAGCCCAAAGAGCAUCCCAAUCAGACACACCUAAUCUUUAUCAAUCAUCAAGAAUCUCAAUGUCUAAGAUGGAAUUAAGAGCCAUGAAACGGAUUGGAAAACGAUCGAAUGUGUUACCUGUAAUUGGAAGAUCAGACGAAUUAACCAUUCAACAAUUAACCAAUAUCAGAACAUGGCUACGAACCGAAAUGAAACAAUCAGGUUUAGACCUAAGUCUGUUUACCGGAUCGAGCGAAGAAACUGAUGAUUCCGAAGGAUCCGAUGAACCCGAAGCCAUCACCACCUCAUCAUCUAUAAGUUCAUCAGAUAGUCAAAACCCAGAAGCCACAGCCAAUCCAUUAAAAACUAGACGUAAAUCACUUUCAGUAACCGCAAGUCUUUCACAUCACAAACGAAUCCAAUGUACACUAACUUUAUCAAGAUCAGAAGAAGCUUUGUUUAACUUGAUUCCCUUAUCAUUAAUCAAUCCUGAAAGUCUUCAUGUCUUAUCAAAUGAAGAAUUGAUGGGUUUAAACAAACUUAAUCCCAUUGAUCCUCAUCUUCAUUCCAUUGAUCCUAACCGGUUUAGUGGUCCGAAUCUUUCUAGACAGUUUAGAUGGGGUACUCUUAAUGUCUUGGACCCUUUGCAUUGUGAACUCGUUUUACUUAGAGCUGUCUUAUUUGGAACGCAUUUUAGUAAACUAAAAGAAUCGACUCGAUUAGAAAAAAAGAAAUUUUUUUAA